AUGGUCUAUGACUGCAGGGCGCUUCCUAAGGAGACCAAUGCCAAUGAUAUGCUCGCUUCGCCAGGCACAUUGGAGCUACUGCAGCUGCAGACUAUUUCUAUCUUUGAUUAUACUCUGCUGCCUCCGCUAGCUCCACAGGAGGAGGAUCACUCUGCUGCCAUUCUGGUGGAUCAGCCUGCUGCUAUUACUCAUCGCUUUGAUCAACUUGCUGGCUUCAAGGUAACCGUGAGGGUCGCCAAUGAACCAGGCGUCGUUGAGGAAUGGGUCAAGAGUGUGUCGAACUCCCUCCAAACGGUGGAAAUGAAGAUUGUUGGUCUAGACUGCGAGUUCACCGACCAAGUCCAUGGGGUGAAGCAGAAGGACCUGCCCCUGGAAAUGCAGCGCCGCGCCGCCGUACUUCAACUGUGUGUUGCAGAUGAUUGCUUGGUGUACCACAUAAUGCACUCGCCUCGCAUACCAGACGAGCUCAAAAAAUUUCUUGCUCGUGAGGAUAUCUUCUUCUGUGGAGCGGCAAUUGGCCAGGACGUAAAAAUGCUUGAGCCAUACGGCCUCCAUAUUAAAAAGCCCAUUGACCUACAAGAGCGCAUUGAUAUACCAAUUACAACUUGCAGUAAACCAACACCUUCGCUAUUUGACCUAGCAAAUUUUGUGUUGGGAACGAAUCUGGAGAAGGGCAAGGAGUGCAAGCAACUGAAGAGUUCCGGAUGGGAGAUUACUCCAUUGAACUUCCAACAAAUCAGAUAUGCUGCGUUCGAUGCCCUUAUAAGUUUUGAGAUAGCUAAAGGGGCUACAAGCCUUGGCUAUAUGCUCCUUGAUGAAUAA